AUGGCACCGACGUACACGCUCUACGGCUGGGGCAACACGGCCUCGACUGGCAUUCACUGGAUCCUCGCGGAGCUCGCUGCAUCGUCAGAGGUCACAUACGAGUUUGUUGACGUCGACCUGCCGCACAAGCAGCAAAAGGAGGCAGCCUAUCUGGACAUCAACCCAAAGGGACGCGUGCCGACGUUGAUCGUCGACGGCAAGCCGGUGACUGAGACAGGUGCGAUCGGCCUCCUGCUCUCGGAGCUUCACCCCAAGUCGGGCUUGGCUCCUGCUCCCGGCACACCUUCUCGCGCAAAGUUCCUCGAGACGCACACAUAUGUCGUCAACUCGCUCCUCCCAGCGCUCCGUGACUGGAUGUAUGCAGACAAGGACCAGACCAACCCCGAAUACGCCCACGGAAUCCGCCUACUGACGCUUCAGCGCCUGAACAGCAUUUAUGCCUUGCUCGACGCCCAGCUCGCACAGUCCAAGUAUCUCGUGUCCGACGACGAGCCCACCGAGGUCGACUUUAUCAUGACGGCUACUCUCUCUUGGGACGGCUUUAUCGACAUUCUCUCGGGACAGCACCCCAACCUCAAGAAGUACACCGAGACCAUGAGAAGCCGCCCUGCCUGGAAGUACAUUGAGAAGAAGGAGGGAAUUGUGCUCAAGGUCCAGCCGUGGGAGGAACAGUACCUCACCAUCAAGGGCAACUUGUAG